UCGAAAUCACGCUGUCAACACAUUGCCUCGGCAGAAAGCGAAAUGAUUUUGUAAUCUUGUGAAACGUAAACAGUGCAUCGACAUGGAUUGGAUCAGUUUGACGUGCGUUGUUGUUUUCAUCGUCAUAGGACAGCGUGAAGGCGUUGCAGCACGAAAACCAACGAUAAGUUCCAACGCGAAAGAUGGCAUGAUCCAAGAAGGAAAUGAGCUGAGAAUAUUCUGUAAGGGUGACGGCAAGCUCCAUUUUUCAGUAAUGGACGUUCCAUCGGAUAAAGGUUCGUGCAAUCAUACUAUAAAUUACGGUCCGAAUAACGCCUCCUUCGUUUGCCAUAAUGCAACUAGAAGCGACACGAGAUGGUAUGCCUGUGCGAAGGAGGGUAUCGUAAUCCGUAACACCGACCUAACUAUCGAACACCCUGACGAAGACAUCGCUUGGAUUCAUAUCUACGUAAAUUCUACGGAACCGUUUGCCCAAAUGGCCAUAGGCAGAGAGUUAUCAGUAACGGAAACAGGCCCAGUAGUCUUUCCAUGUCGGACAACGUCACCUCAUUGGGAAGUGCUUCUUCAUACAACAAACGAAAACUUGACGGGACGCUUCGAUCCAAAAAUCGGGUUCAUUGCGACGGGAGAUCUAAGUUACCUGGUUAAUCAGGAAAUUAAUUGUUCCGUAAUCAACGAACCCAGGGCAUUACGUGAUAUGAAGUCGGUUUCGUAUCGUCUCGCCGAUGAGGAAGCCCAAACCAGAGAUUGA